AUGGCCGAACGAUACCUGGGCGUGACCCCACCGAUCUCGAUUGCGCCUCCGACCGCUCGCGACAUCGAAGUCACCAAGACACUGCUCCAGGAGCUCAAGGAUCGAGGGCAAUACGAGGGACCCGAGGAGGGGCGCCUAAGGUCGGUCGACCCAUUGACCACGCGACAAGACGACUUACCCGGAUUGCCGCAUAUCCGCAAGGCUAUGGUACUGACCUGUUGCUUGUACAAUGCUGCACAGGGAGAAGGUCCUGGCUCGGCUCAACACGCUGGCCAAGGAGUUCGUGUACUGCUCGUCGCUCGCUCACGGUCUGCCGGAACAAAAGGCCCGCGAAGCGUAAGCGUGUAACUGGUGCUACAUGGCUUUUUCGGCCGAGCUUUGUUCAGCCAUAUCUGACGAUGUGUUCGCCUGGGAUCUCCAUUCCAACAGCGGCGGCAAGAUCUUCACCUUUGGCUCGUACCGAUUGGGCGUCCAUGGGCCAGGCGCCGACAUCGACACCCUGCUCGUCGUGCCGCGGCAUGUCGAGCGCGAGGAGUUCUUCUCGCUGUUUGAAGACAUGUUGAGAGCAACAGAAGGUGUGGUAGAGGUUUCGGUCAGUACCAAAUCUGUGCGAUCCCUGACCGAGCUCGCCUGGACCAACUGACGACGCGCCCUCCUCGAUAACGACGACCUGACUCGGAUCAGACCGUACCGGAAGCCUAUGUCCCCAUCAUCAAAUGCGUCGUCUCGGGCAUCGAGAUCGAUUUCCUGUUCGCCCGUCUCGCCCUCGCCACCGUUCCGAACGAUUUGCAGCUGCACGACAACGACCUCUUGCGCAACCUCGACGAGCGUUGCAUCAGGUCACUGGGUGGAUCCCGUGUAACGGACGAGAUUCUUCGGCUGGUCCCUGACGUGGCCGUGUUCAGGGAGGCUCUUCGGACGGUGAAACUGUGGGCCAAGCGUGCGUACUUCGAUUGACGGUUUUAUCGUCUAGCGUCCCCCUCUGGCCGAGUGGGUCGUGACUGGGAGCUGAUGUACCCUGGACGUUGUUUAUACAGGGCGAGCAAUCUACAGCAACGUCAUGGGUUUCUGUGGCGGUGUAGCUUGGGCCAUGCUUGUUGCCCGAGUUUGCCAAUUAUAUCCGAAGGGUUGCGCUGGAAGCAUUUUGUCCCGGUUCGUUCGGACGAGUGCAGGCUUCGUCUCUGGGAACUGACACUGCCCCAUUGCGUCAAUCUUGCUGCACAGGUUUUUCCUAAUCAUUGCGCAAUGGCAAUGGCCGCAACCUAUACUACUCAAACCUAUAGAGGACGGUCCUCUGCAAGUCAGAGUUUGGAACCCAAAAGUCAGUCGAGAUCAAGGGAGCGCGGUGUACGGAGCUGCUCAAUCGUUGCGACCGCACUGAGCUGGACCUUCUUACCUAUCCUGGGCCCUCCAGCUUUAUCCUUCCGACCGGUCACAUCGUAUGCCCAUCAUAACACCAGCUUAUCCGUCCAUGUGCUCGACACACAAUGUCACGCUCAGCACCCAGCACGUCAUGACGUCCGAACUAAAGCGAGGUGAGCCUGCGAGCGAGUGCAACUUGCGAAAGAGGGCGGCGGGGCGGCUACACCGUCACCCCGGCCGGUCGCCUUGGUUUCUACUAAGCUGAUUUCCGACCCGAUUCAUUCCCUCCCAGCCUCUGAUAUCGUCGACAAAGUCUUUGUUGGGACUACAACAUGGUCCGAGCUGUUUGAGCCCCACGACUUCUUCUCCCGCUACCGGAUAUACCUGCAGAUCACCGCGAGUUCGGGAUCGGCCGACGUGCAGCUCAAGUGGUCCGGGACGGUCGAGUCUAAAGUUCGCCAGCUGGUGAUGAAGCUCGAAUUUGUCGACACACUCACCCUUGCCCACCCUUAUGUCAAGGGGUUCGAUCGCACCUAUUACUGCAUUAACCGCGAGGAGCAGCACGCCGUUGCGACGGGUGAGGUCCCGCCUGAGGUCGACAUCCGGCCCGAGUCAGAGUUGAACCCGGAGGAAGGGGGCACGGUGUACACGACGACAUUCUACAUUGGUCUUAUGAUCGAGAAGAAGCCCGGUACGUCGUGACAAGGUGACACGAUGUACUGUUCCACCUCUUGUCCGAGUGCUCUGACACACCUUCUUUUCGGUUUCGCUCGUCUCCUCUCUGCUCGCUGCUUUUGCUCGCGCCUCGUGGCUUCGCGGCGGUGGUUGAUGCAGGGAGUGGGCCGCGCAAACUCGACAUCUCGUACCCGACGACGGAGUUCACCAAGCUGGUGAAGAUGUGGGACAAGUACGACGAAAGUACAAUGGGAAUCAUUGUUCGAUACAUCAAGGCGUCAGUACACCUAUUCUGCUCGACACGAGGUCUUUGAACACGGAGUUGCUGUCGGCGGCGCGGCUGUGGGGGGCCACCACGUGACGAUCGUUCCGGACGCGUCGAACAAGCGACUGGGGCUUCCCUCAUGGUGCACACGAUGCUGAACCUCUGCCGGUCUUUGACGUUCCCAGUUCGGCACUACCAGCGUACGUACAUGAAGGUAAUCAACCCAGUGGCCCCGAUGCCCCGAAACAGAUGAGCGGCACAAAGAGGACCAAGAGUAAGGUGAGUUGAUCUCGAGCCCCGCUCAGCUGCAGCACUUUGCCAAAUCCAGACGCGGCCAGGCGGUCUCCCCUGAUUCGAUUGCGAUUGGCAUCGGCGUGUGCGAUGUACUCGUGUCUUGUUUUCGUUCCUUCGCUCGUCGCUGAUGAUCACCAUGCAUGCGUGACUCCUUUUCCGGACUCUCUUCCGAUCCGCUUGCAACCGCUUCUCCAUCUCGUCCUCGGCCCGUCGCAAACCUCGGUCGCUGCUGUGUCGCGGAGCCAGCCGCCGGCGAGCGCAGCAGCUCCGGUCCAACCGACCUCUGGCGACGGUAAUGCUACGACGGCAGCAGGCGAAAUGUCCGACCGCUUGAUCAAAAAGUUGCGAUCGUCCUCUUUUGUACCGGAAGGCUCUGCACCACCGACGGGGACCGACACGACACCGAUCCCGGCAUCGACGAGCGAUGACGCAAAGGCGCUGGCGGCGGCCACGUUUGCGCUCGAGGGUCGCGAGACGGCGCCCGCGACGGCCUCGGCGAAUGGCGGCAGCAACGGCACACCACAAGCAACAAUCGAUGCAAAGUCGGCGUUCCAGGGUUCCGUAGCAGAGACGACGAUCGGACAAAUCCCAAUGUGA